CCGAGGCGGAAGCGGUAGGUGCGCUCGGCGCCGCGUGUCCCACUCCACGGGGAGGUUGGGAUGGAGGCGGCAGGGCCCGAGCUGCGGGAGCAGCUGGUGUCCGACCUGCCCCCCGCACUGGCCUUGCUGGGAUCGCUCCAGGAGCAGGUUGUUGGGGUCACGGCCCAUGUCCAGGGGCUGCUGCAGAGGGUCCGGGCCGGCACCUUCCCCACGGAAAAGGGGCUGAGUUUCCUGGAGCUGAAGGCCCAGCUGCUGCUGUUCUAUCUCCAGGACCUGGCCCAGCUGCUGCUGGAGAAGAGCUCGGGCCGCUCCCUGGCCGCCCAGCCGGGUGUCCUGCGCCUGGCUGAGCUGCGCACGGUGUUGGAGAAGAUGCGCCCCAUUGAGCAGAAGCUCCGGUACCAGGUUGACAAGCUGGUGAAGGCAGCUGUGACGGGUGCCGUGGGAGACGACAAUCCGCUGAGAUUCAAACCGGACCCUGGGAACAUGAUGAGCAAGCUGAGUGAUGAGGAAGAGGACGGGACGGGAGGCAAAGCUGCCGGGAAGAAGCCCCUGGCCAAAGGAGGAGUCCGGAAAUACGUCCCACCCCGGCUGGUACCGGUGCAUUAUGAUGAGACGGAGGCCGAGCGGGAGAAGAAGGCCCUCGACCAGGCGAAGAAGCGGGCGCUGAGCAGCUCCGUCAUCCGGGAGCUGAAAGAGCAGUUCUCAGACGCGCCGGAGGAGAUCCGCGAAGGGCGCUACCUGCAUGCGACCAGGCAGAGCCAGGAGGAUGAGCACCGGAGGAGCUACGAGGAGGCCAUGCUGGUGAGGCUGAACUUGAGCCGGCAGGACAAGGCCCGGCGUCGCCGGGUGGCUGCGCUGGGGGCCCAGCUCCACUCCUUGACCCACUUUGGCGACAUCAGCGCCCUGACUGGGGCAGCGCCCCCCACUGGAGAGGAUCUGAGCCCCCAGAAGAAGAGGAGGAAGAAGACUAAUGCAAAGAGGGGAAGGAAAAAGGGUUUCCGGAGGCGAUAACGGAGCCACAUUGUCCCCACUGCACCCGCUGGAGUGAUGCCCCCCGCCCCCACCACGGAGCGACUCUCACACGGGGCAGAAUGUUUAGACAAUAAAAUUGAGCCUCUGAA